GUAAAACUUCCGGAAGUUUCAGUGUGUUUGCCGCGAAUGUGACGAAGGGAAGAUGUUCAUGAAGUAAAAUCUGUUGUUUGUUGUCGAUGGAAGAAACAUCAGCUGCUCGUAUGGAGCUUUCAUCUUUACUUCAUGACCUUCAUCUCACCUCCUCCUCCCCCUCAGAGAAGCCCCUCCCUUCUCCCUCCCUUCCUCCAAUCACAGAGCUCCUCUCUCGGCUGCAGGAGAAGCUGAUUGGUUCGUCCUCCGACUCUGAAACGAGCUCCCUGAUUGGUCGUGUUGAGCGUUUCUUCCAAGCAGCAGAUCCCCAUUGGCUGUUCUCAGCCAGUCAGGAUGAUGGGUGGGCGGAGCUUCAGGUGGUGUACAGCUCUCUGGUCCGUGCUCUGAUUGGCUGUGCAGCUCUGCCGCUCUGUGAGGACGACUGCGGCUCUCUGCUGGCCGCAGCCUAUCAGAGCGUCCCAAGCAGAGCUGGAGCAGUAUGCUCCGCCCUCACAGCGCUGCUGGGAACUCUGGGAAACAGCAGUCAGACUGGUGUGCUGCUGGCUGUGGCCCCGCCCAUCUGUGUGUUCUCUGUCACUCAUUUCCAGGUUCAGCCGUGGACCAGCUCCUCCUCCAGAGCGGCGGCUCAGAGCCUGCAGGAGGCGCUGCUGAGGGCAGGGGGCUGGAGAGACUCGGCCCACCUCCUGAUGGGGGACAGGAGUCAGGAGGAGGAGGAGGGAGGGAGGAGCAGAGGAAUUCUGGGAGGAGUCCUGGACGUCCUGCAGCCUCAGCUGACAAAGGAGUCGUGGCAGCGCUGUGAAGCAGUGAAGUUGGUGUUUGCGUGGACGCUCCUGCAGGUGACUCGUCCCUCUGUGUCCCCUCACCUGUCCCACCUCCUCCCCCCCUCACUCCUCCUCAAUGACCACUACAGACCAGAGAACUGCAUGCUGGGAGUUCGCUGUCUGCACCACAUCGUGCUCAACACGCCUGCUGCAGACCUGCGUCAGUUCAACAGAGCAGAAGUUCUCUACCAGGCCUUAUUCAAACACCUGUACACUACAGAGGCUGCUGUCAUCCAGUCUGUCCUGUCCUGUUUGUUGGACCUGUUGUUGGUUUUGGAGAAGCCCCCCUCGUCUCUUGCCCCCUCCUCCUCCUGCAGGAAGCCCUGUCGUCAUGACGAUGUGCUGCGUCUGGUCCUGACUCACAUGGAGGCGGAGCACAAGGUGGCGCUGCGACACGUCUACGCCGCCGCUCUCCCUCCGUACAUCGACAGGAUGGGCGUGGCGGUGUGCAGACACCUGCGGCGGCUGGAGCGGGUGGUGCUGGGAUACCUGGAGGUCAGAGACCCACCUGAGGAGACGAGUCGACUCAAGAUCCUGGAGGUCCUGGAGAAAACCAUCAGAGCAGCAUGGCCACGGAUGGAGUGUCGAGUUGGGGUGUUGCUGCGUUGCCUGUUGAAGUUGCUGGUUGACGUGUCCUCAGACUCUGAGCUCAGUGACUCAGUGAGACAGAAGCUGAUGAAUCAAACAUCUCUCUGCCUCAAACUGCUGGACGCCUGUUGUCAUGGAGACCUGCAGCCUCUCCUCCAGCAGGUUGACAGCAGCUGCUGCAGCUCCGAGGUGCUCAGUUGCCUAGCGACAGUCACUGUGACGACAGAGAGGUGACGCAGCAGCAGCACACCUGUAACACCUGAGAGUCUGACUGUGAGAUGCACUGAGAGCAGAGCUGCUGCUUCCUGACAGACAGGACUGAGGGCUGAGAGCACAGGAACAGCAGCGAGUCCAGCUGGUCCAGUCUGUGCUUCAGUCCCAGUAAACUCUCCUCGGCCUCCAGUCGUCUCACCUUCAGAUUCUCCUGCUGGUUCCACAAACUGCAGCGAAGACGAGCCUCAACGAGCAACAACACACA